AUGGAUCUCAAUGCUCCCCAUGGAACUACGAUCGUCGGCGUUACCUACGACGGCGGCGUCGUCCUUGGUGCGGAUUCCAGGGUGACUUUAGAAAUGGGUGUCACAAUUGAUUCGAUGACGAACAAGAUCAUCCAGCUAACGGAUAAAAUUUAUAUUUGUCGUUCAGGACCGGCUGCUGCUUCUGAGGUUCUCUCAGAUUAUGUUAGAAACAUGCUUGAUCAACAAGAAAUUCAAUUUGGGCAACCUGCAAAGGUCAAGGAUGCGGCUAAUUUAGUUAGAUUAUUUUCUUAUAAAAAUAAGAACAUGAGACAAAUGGGUGUGAUUGUUGGUGGAUGGGAUAAGUACGAAGGAGGCCAAAUAUUUGCAGUACCACCGGGAGGGGCCAUUUUGAAACUGCCUUUUGCAAUUGAGGGAUCCGGCUCACGCCACAUUAGAGAUUUUGUUGACAUGACAUGGAGAGAAGGGAUGGGGAAAGUUGAAGCUGAGCUAUUUGUAAUUAAAGUUGUAUCACGUGCUAUCGCCAAAGAUGAAGCGAGUGGAGGACUUGUUCGCACAGUUACCGUGAAAUAA